AUGCCUCGCGAUCGCCGAUUCCGCCCAGAGAUCCUCGAGCUCGCAACCCGUCUCGCAAACCGAUACAACAUGGGUGAGAUCCGAGCGAACGAAGUCAGCCCAAAUGAGAAAACCUCGACGAAUACACCUAUCUUUCCAAAGCCUCAUGUCAAAGAGACUGCAGAACGCGAGAAACACAAGGAGCCGAAGUCCUCUAACUCUGAUGCCGAAGAGGGCCCCAAGAUGUGCGGAAAUACCGGCAAUUCCAAUGCUGGAAAUUAUCAACUUCGAGCCCAGACAUGA